CUCGAGACAACCUUAUCAAAAAGAAAGAGAGAGAAGCAGAGAGAGAUGGAGGGGGCAUCGGGGAUCUCGCAUCGGACGGUGGAGGUGAACGGGAUAAGGAUGCACGUGGCGGAGAAGGGGGAGGGGCCUUCGGUGCUCCUCCUCCACGGCUUCCCGGAGCUCUGGUACUCGUGGCGCCACCAGAUCGCCGGCCUCGCUGCCCGCGGUUACCGUGCCAUCGCCCCCGACUUACGUGGCUACGGCGACACGGACGCGCCGCCUGACGUCGCCUCUUACUCCAUCUUCCACAUCGUCGGCGACCUCGUUGCCCUCCUCGAUGCCCUCGCCCUUCAACAUGUGUUUGUGGUGGGGCACGACUGGGGGGCACUGAUUGCGUGGAAUCUGUGCAUGUUUAGGCCGGACAGGGUGAAGGCUUUGGUGAAUUUAAGUGUCGCAUUUAUGCCCCGUAACCCCGCCAAGAAACCUGUCGACUACUUUCGGCACCUCUAUGGAGAUGACUACUAUGUCUGUCGAUUCCAGGAACCUGGAGCCAUAGAGGCAAAAUUUGCUCAGAUAGAAACUGCAUCAAUCUUCAGAAUGUUUCUACCAAGUCGAGAUCCAGGACCUCUUCUGAUGCCAAAGGAAGGCUGGAAUGUGCCUGAGAAGAUUCCAUUGCCUUCUUGGCUCUCAGAAGAGGACAUUAACUUCUUUGCAAGCAAAUUUGACAAGUCUGGUUUCACCGGGCCGGUCAACUACUAUCGAUGCUUGAACUUAAACUGGGAGCUGACAGCACCAUGGACAGGAGCACAAAUAAAAGUGCCAGUUAAGUUUAUUGUGGGAGACCUGGAUCUUACCUACCAUUACCCAGGUAUCCAGGAUUACAUACACAAGGGUGGCUUUAAACAGAAUGUUCCCUUGCUUCAGGAGGUAGUUGUUAUGGAGGGAGUUGGUCACUUUAUCAACCAGGAAAAGGCACAUGAGAUCACUGAUCACAUCUAUGAAUUCAUUCAAAAGUUCUGACUUCUGAGCUAGUAUGUGGUUUAUCCAAAAUUUGUGACAGUGAAAUCAUCUUCAAUGUACCAUCGAAAUGAUGUAAUAAAGGGGAAAAUAAAAAGUAUGAAUAGUCUCUCUGGCAGUCUGGCUAUAAAGGUGCUAUUAUCUUUUAAUGAUUCCAUUUUUUCCCUGCUUUGGGGUAAAA